AUGACAGAUCAAGCACCAAAUGUGGUCCAAAAUGAUAUCACUGAUACCAGAAAUUCCCCGAGGUCAGAAGGCAGAGCUAUGGAAAAUAUCACCAAUCCUUUAGAUUUUCCAUCAUGGGACACACUGCAUGUCGCGUCGUCAGAGCCUUCUGACAAUGGUUUGCACUUGCCGGGUGAAGAUGGAGGUGAUGAGCUUGACACAGAUGGAAGUGCCGAUAGCGAGUUCUUCAGGGAACAGGAGCGACCCCAGAUUGACGAAACAACAAUUCUUGUCGAUUCAGAACGCGAUUCGUCGAGCGAGUUUUUCACAGAGCCCGACUCUAGCGCCACACUGUCAAAACCCCCGGAGCUUGCUUCCGUUUCACGCGUUCCAAAAUCACCAUCAAAAUUCAUUGGCGUUGUCAUUCCGAAAUCAGGGCACUCUACACCAAACAGAUACACACCACACGCACCUUCGACGACGAAGACAUUCAUUCCCAAUACUGUUUGUGACGAUGCAUCAGAUGCCACCACAGCUAAAACCAAUCCUGUGCGCGCGCUCGCUCAAACAACUCUCGAGGAACCUAUCGUUAAUCAUGACGAAUCUCUUGUUAGCGCAUUGCAAGCUGCAUUUUCACAGAACGCCAAGGUGAAUAGCACAUUCACGACCACGGUAAAGGACGUUCCGCCCUCAAAAGACAAACCCCUCAAGACCAUCCUAGUGUCACCAGCUCAGGACAGACCAGUCAGACCACGCGCAAAAAUCCAAAAACACGUCCACUUCGACUUGAAUGAUAUCGAAGAAUGGCUGGAAACUGACUAUGCAACUGUCCAUGUGCCUAGCACCCCAAAUAGCAAAGACCUUCUCGAGGUCACUUUGGAAGCCUUGCGCCAAGUCGAGACUGGUCACGACGCACCAGAACGGACUAAAAAAUGUUGGGAGAAUGACCCGAAAUCGCUGACAGAAAAUUAUCUCUCGAGAGUUGGAGAGUGGUUCGGUCCGGAGGCAUUAAAGGAUGUGAAGCCGAUGGGUCAUAAGCUCCCAAAGGCAUCCACCAAAUCGGCGCAACGAUCCCGGGAGAUGUCGAUGGAGGUAGACACCCCCCCAAACGAAGUCGGAGAAGGAAUGUACUUGGGAAAGCGGAAACGCCCCGACACCGACAAAUAUGCUACGGUCGAAGCAUCUGCUUUGGUCAAUAACAAACAAGACAGCCCAGACGUGGAUACAGAUACGCAGAAAAAUGACACCAUUGAGACCAUGGAGAGAAAUGGGUUCAGCGAGCGCGAGAUUCAUCUUAUCCAGAAAUUGGUCAAGGGUAAGCGGGCGAUGGAGCCAAAGGAAGUUCGGGAGCUUGAUAUUUGUCUUGCCGAUAUUAAACGGAUGGGCGAGCAUGUUAACUGGAGUGGGCUUGGCAUAGUGAUGUGGGCCGCCUUGAAGAGGCUUAGUUCCAUGGAAGACGCCCCCAAAAAAUUAAGAUCCAGAGCUCUCGAAAUUGGCCAGUUCUGGCAAGGGCGAAUGGGUUGA